AUGGUUAGUGACUAUGGAGUUGUUUCAGUGGAAUGCUAUGGGGGGAGGUGCUCGUCGCCCUGGGGAAUACUGAGGCCCGGCCCUCCGCUGCCCCGGCCGCCUCUGGGGCGAGGGGGGCUUGACAGAUGGGGAACUGAGGCCAACAGAGGACGAGGAAGGUCCCGCCAGCCCCGAGCGGCCAAGCUCAUCGCAGACGGAGGGGCCCGAGGGGUCGGGGGUCUGGUCCAGGCUCAGAUGGUCCCAGCAAGGGCCAAGCCCACAAGUGGUCCUAGAAAUGAAAAUGCAAAUGGCGAAUACAUAUCGCCAUUUCACGACAUCCUAAUUUACGCAGACAAGAAUGUGUUCCACAUGGUCGUGGAAGUACCUCGAUGGACAAAUGCAAAUGCAAAGAUGGAGAUCGCAACAAAGGAUCCUCCAAACCCGAUUAAGCAAAACGUCAAAAAGGGAAAACUCCGCUACAUUGCCAACGUAGUACCUCACAAAGGCAACAUCUGGAAGUACCGGGCCAUCCCACAGGAAGAUCCAGGGCAUAAACAUCAGCAUACCGGCUGCUGCUGGGACAACGACUCGAUUGAUGCCUGCGAGAUCGGGAGCAAGAUAUGCUCGAGACGAGAAGAGAUCAAAGUGAAAGUUCUGGGCAUAUUAGCGAUGAUUGAUGAAGGAGAAACCGAUUGGAAGGUCAUUGCAAUCAACGUGGAUGAUCCCGAUGCUCCUAGCUAUGACGAUAUUAGCGAUGUCAGAAAGCUGAAACCUGGUUAUCUAGAAGCCACUGUGGAAUGGUUUAGAAAGUACAAGGUGCCUGAUGGGAAACCAGAAAAUGAGUUUGCUUUCAAUGCAGAAUUUAAAGAUAACGACUUUGCCACUGACAUCAUUAAAAGCACUCAUGAGGAGAAGAAAACGGACGGAGGAGGAAUCAACUGCAUGACCAUGACCGUAGAGGACAGUCCCUUCAAAUGCAGCAUGGAAUCUGUCAAAGGCAUUGCAGAUACUCUGCCACCACCUUGUGAAUCUACCUGUGUCAUUCCCACAGACGUGGACAAGUCGUUUUAUUACCAGAGCAACUAA